UACUUACUGCACAAAAUUUCAUCGUUUUGUAAUGUGUGGUAUUCAUUGGCCUUCUACACACUGCUCAUUUUGAAAUCAUGCAAUUUCUUUCAAGUACUUGAAUCUUUCAGUAGUUAUAACCAUUGUUGUUUCAUAUCAUAUGUCCCAUUAAUAGGAGACUUUUGGCCAUGCCUGCUUUGUGAAAUAUCAGAAAAAUGCUUUUGAUCUCCCUCAGCUUGAUCAUAUAAUAGGCUUAUAGUUAACUGGUAGCUUCAUUAGUUUUGAUAGUUCACAUAUAUUAUAUAAUCCUAUAGGGGAAUUUUGAUGGUUCUAUAAGAAUCAGUAAAUUAUUUGUUUAACUAUGUUAACACUGUUUGGUACCUAAAAUAAUGCAUGCUACUUAGUGCCGCUUGGACAUUAGGUUCUGGUAAGAUUACAAAGAACACCACUCACAUGAGGUAUCUGCAAGACAAUUUUCACAUUCCAUGUUGGAAGCAUGAACAACAUAACGCUGUGAUUUUAGGAAAUUUUAUAUAUGGCUUUGUGCAACUUAAUAUGCAAAUUUAUCAUUAUAAGAUUACAAAGAAUAUCACUCACAUGUGGUAUCUGCAAGACAAUUUUCGUAUUUCAUGUUGGAAGCAUGAACAACAUAAUACUGUGAUUUUAGGAAAUUUUAUAUAUGGCUUUGUGCAACUUAAUAUGCAAAUUUAUCAUUAUAAGAUUACAAAGAAUAUCACUCACAUGUGGUAUCUGCAAGACAAUUUUCGUAUUUCAUGUUGGAAGCAUGAACAACAUAAUACUGUGAUUGUAGGAGAUUUUAUAUAUGGCUUUGUGCAUCUUAACAUGGAAAUUUAUCAUUAUAAGAUUACAAAGAAUAUCACUCACAUGUGGUAUCUGCAAGACAAUUUUCGCAUUUCAUUUUGCAAGCAUGAACAACUAAUGCUGUGAUUUUAGGAAAUUUUAUAUAUCGCUUUGUGCAUCUUAAUAAGCUAAUUUAUCAUUAUAAUAUGUACAAUAUGCAGUCAAUCAAACUGUGAUUAAUCUCUUAUUUUCAACCUUUUCAUAUCUUUGUAUGGUAAAUCAAGACACGUAGCUUAAUGAAACGUAACUUAAAUUAUAAACUUAAUGAAACAAAUCUAAGUUGCAAACUGCUUAUGUCAAAGAGAAACAUCACACUUAUUCGUGCACUGGCAUUGCUGCCAUACAGAGUAUCUGCUUAAUUUUCUUCACUAUUGGACUAGUGGGAACUAGUUAUUUCAAUUCUGUAUAUCUUUUCACCUCACCAUCUACCUAAUGGUUAUUUUAGUUACUUUCAUGUUGUAGCAGCUUAGUAUUGUGUUUCUUGAUUCUCAAAAUUUAGUGGAUAAUUUACCAUUUAGUUACUUACAGUCAAAUUUGGAAACAGAAUUUCUUAAAAGUGAACCUUCAUGGGGAAAUUGAUUUUAUGUUAAUUAUGUUUGAUAGGGGAGGCCUAUUUGUGGAUACCGGAGAACUAUGACUAUGGUACUGAUUUCAAUUCUGAGAGAGUAGUGCUAGCAUUAAUAAUUGAGAUAAAAGAUAAUGGCCCCUGGAGGUACCAUCUGCAAGGAGAUGAUCGAGUCACGCAUUGCAUUUGCAGAUUAUGAAAUGGCAACUUCCAAUGCUGAGUUCAGAGGUUCUGCUCUCAGAAAAACAGCAACAUGUUUGGGUGGAAAUCUUGGAACAUCAUCAACUAGUGAUGUGCAGAACCUGCUUGAAUGUCCUGUUUGCAUGAAUUUAAUGUACCCACCAAUUUACCAGUGUCCCAAUGGUCAUACUCUAUGUUCGUAUUGCAAGGCUAGAGUACACAACUCUUGCCCCACUUGCCGUGGAGAGCUUGGAAAUAUAAGGUGCUUGGCCCUUGAAAAAGUUGCCGAGUCACUUGAACUCCCAUGCAAAUACCAGAUUAUAGGUUGCCCUGAUAUAUUUCCAUGCUACAGCAAGCUAAAGCAUGAAAAGAACUGCAAAUAUCAUCCAUACAACUGCCCAUAUGCUGGAGCUGAAUGUUCUGUCACUGGUGACAUUCCAUUUCUUGUUAUGCAUCUCAAGAAUGAUCACAAGGUUGACAUGCAUGAUGGGUGCACCUUCAAUCACAGAUAUGUCAAAUCCAAUCCCCAAGAAAUUGAUAAUGCUACAUGGAUGUUAACUGUUUUCAAUUGUUUUGGCAAGCAGUUCUGCUUGCACUUCGAGGCGUAUCAACUAGGAAUGGCUCCUGUUUACAUGGCAUUCCUGAGAUUCAUGGGCAGCGAAGCCGAAGCCAGGCAAUUUAGUUACAGUCUGGAAGUUGGUGGAAAUGGUAGAAAGCUUAUAUGGCAAGGAGUUCCUAGAAGCAUCCGUGAUAGUCAUAAGAAAGUUAGAGAUAGCCAGGAUGGACUAAUCAUUCAGAGAAACAUGGCCCUUUUCUUUUCAGGUGGUGAUCAACAAGAGCUGAAGCUGAAAGUGGCAGGACGCAUCUGGAAAGAACAGUGAUAUAUAUAUAUAUAUAUAUAUAUAUAUAUAUAUAUAUAUAUAUAUAUAUAAAAUAAAUAUGUAUGUCCUCUGUAUAUAAGUAGCCUCAAUUGCCUACAUUUUUAAGAUUGGUCUAAUUAAAUUGAAAGAGUUAAGAAGGCA